GCUCAAGGCCCCUCCCGCGCCCAAGCCUGCCCUCCUCGGGUUGCCAUACUCGGCUGAGCCUGUUCCCUCUGCCGGAAAUAACUGUCCCCCUGGGACUCGCCAGGGACUCCAGCUGGCCCUCUGUGACCCAGCACAGCCGCCCUACCUGGCAUCCCACACCCUCAGCGAGGGCCACCUGCUCCUCUUCUGUCAUGUCCUGGGUUACCAUGGUGAGCUGGCGACCUUGAGCCCAGAGACUGUGACUGGGGGCUGGUGCCUUGCAGCCAGGCCAGGGUCCAGUACAGGGUCACCAGCAAUGCCACCCCCAGGCCCUGAGGACUUGGGAGCCACGGCACAGAGCUGCUUCUCCAGGAAGAGGCCCACCUUGCACACAGAGCAGAUGCCCCCGUCCAAGGCAUCACUGGGACUGCAGGGAGGCCAUGUGGCUCGGGAUGGGCACAAGGGGCUUCCUAGAAACGCCUUUUUCUGUCUACACUACCAGGCAGACAAACUGAAGUCGGGUGAGCCGGGCCCAUCACAGCAGCCCUGUGAGCACCUCGACGGGUAAGGCCCGACCCCAGCGGACAGCUGCUGUCCCCGGGGGAACUGGUGGUUGUGAGCCAUGCACAGGCAGAGCCAGGGACGCUUGCCCAAGUGGGGACAUGAGCCAGGUGCGGGGAGCUGCCAUGAUGCGCCUGUGCAGAGUCACAGGGCAGGUGCCUGUGCAUGUGGCUGCAGAGUUGCUGGAGCUCCAGGCCUGCUCGUGCAGCUGGAGUGGGGGCCCAGGUGUGGCACUCCCAGGGCCGGCCCAGCUGCGCCCUCCCUCAGGCCCUGCCCUGUCUGUCCGGCUCAGGGCCCUGGGGAGCACCAGGCAAUGGCUGGUCUGAACGUGUCCCUGUCCUUCUUCUUUGUCACUGUUGCCCUCUGCCAGGUGGCCAGGACAUCCAAGGCCCUGUUCUCAGCAGGCGCCUACACCAGCUUUGCCGGGGAGGCUGCAGGUGCAGCCCAGUCGGGGGUCUGCUGCCUGGCGCUGCCGAUGUCGGCGGAGAUCAGGCCCUGGGCUGGGGGCUUCAGCCCCCACCUGCUGCUGACGCUGCUCUUCCUGCCCCUCCUGGCGCACAGGGUGACCUUCGAAGGGGCCUCGGCCAGCCCCGCCGUGUCCCUGCAAGAGCUCCUUCUAGCCGAGGCCUCUCUGCCCAGCAUGCUGCUGAAGCUGGCCCAGGGGCUGGGCGUGCAGGUAGCCUGCACCCUGACCUGGCUGCCCUGGGCCUGGGAGCUCAGCGACCUGCACGCUCAGAGCCCCCUGGAUGCACGCCACCGCUCGGCCCUGCACACCACUGUGCCCCACGGGGCGCUGCUGGAGAGCGCCUACCCCUUCCAUCUGACCCUCCUCCACCUCCAGAGCAGCCUGCCCGUCAUGCACAGGGUGCCCGCCGUGGCCCUGCUGGGCACCAUCAUGGCCUACACAGGUGAGCCAAGGAGGCACAGAGACCGGGGUGGCCAUUCCUGGGGACCCAGGCCCUGGCAGAGCUGUCCUUCCUGGCCAGGCCUCUCCAGGCUCCAAGCUGUCCCAUUCAUCCCAGAAGGUCUCCACUGGGCGGCUGGGGCAGUUCUGCAGGGCCCGGCCCAGCCUCUGGCCUGCCAACCCCUAUGUCUCCUGUCACCCCUUCCGAGAGUGUGGGUCCCAUCAUCCCGGCCUGCCUCUCCCCACUCCUCACUUGGCCCCACAUGUCUCUAAGUGGGCAGCGCCCCUCCCACCCCCAGGCAGAGCCUCCUGACUAUGGUCCCAGGGGGGCCCCCAGCCUCAGCCUCAGUCAGCACCCACUGCUCUGCUUUCAGCCCUCAGAUCCUGGUGACCUGUCCUAGGCUCCCCGAGGAGGGCCUGCCCCCAGCACAACAGGAGACCCACCUUGGAAAUGGGGACAGAGGUGCCCUGUGGGCUGCUGACUCCCAAGGGGCUCCACCAUCGUUUUGUCUGUGGGCUGGCCCCCCAGGAGGGGUCCCCCUGGCAGGGACUGGCUCUGCCCCUGAGGACUGGUUUGGGCUUCCAGGAAGGCUACCGGGUGAUCCCCGUGCUAGGAGUGGACAGGGCCUUCUGCAGGCAGCCCCUCGGGGAUGGGCACCCAUGGUGGUGGGGCCGCAGAUCAGUCAACAGGUGGCCCGUUCCCGCCCAGGAUGCGGGGAUCACAGCUGGAAGAGGCCAGAGCCAUGCUCUGCAUUCUCCACUCGCGGUGGACGGGCCCCGUAGGGGUGGAGCCAGCGCUCGGGCCUGGCCUUCCGAAAGGCCAACACGGCCCAGGACAGACACCAGGGUCCUGGAGCACAGAGUGUGGGGAGAUGCAGCUAGAGCCCCUGUAAGGUGGGGAAACUGAGGCAUGGGUGGGCAGAGACUUGCCGGGGCAGGGCUCCCCGGCCGGACUGCCUGGGCCGCACCCUGGGAGAAGUCCCCUCUGAGAGCCAGCUGGUGGCUCCCCAGACCCGGCCCUGGCCCCGCCCAUGCGGAGGCCGUGUUCCGGUGCCAUCCCAGGCCUCCUCUGGCCCCCUGCGCACACCCUGCAGCUCCUUCCUUCCUUCCACCGAGUCCCGCUGAGCAUCUCGCCCUUCUGCCUCCACCCCCCACAUCUGUCUCAGGUCCUGAGGACGGGGGAGGGAGGGGGAGGCUGAGCACUGGGCAGGCAUGCAGUGUGUCCCCGGCAGGACUGGACACAUGGAUGGGAGGGAGGCUGCGCACCAGGGGCCGGACAUAGCAGCCCUGAGCAGGGUCUGCACUCACAGGGCUCCCUGGGCUGCGGUGGGCGUCGGAGGGGUGGGAAGGGGCAGGUGGGGGUCAGGCAGCCAGUGCCCGGUGGAGUGUGCGAUAGGCAUUUGGGGGCCAGGGAGGCUGGCCUGCCAGGAUGCGGCUGCCACUUUUUCUCUAGGCCUGUGGACGGGACAGCAGGGCAGGGAGGUUGGGGCCCAAGACGCACAGGUGGGAAGAGGCAGAUUUGCACUCAGACCUGGUUUGGACCGGAUCCCGCAGGGGCCUCUGAAAAGCUCCAGUUCCAGCAUGAGUUGGAGUGCCUAGUCCCUGCCUCUGCCAGCUGGGCCUCCAGCUCCCCGUCCACAAACCCUGACCGCCUCCUCCUGCCCCUGCCCCCACCCUAGCACAGCUGUGCAGCCCCCAUGAGGGCCCAAGGGCCCCACCAGACCCCCAGAUGGGGAGGGGAGG